CAUGAAUCGAUAGUUUGAGAUGAUCGAGAUUACUUGCCGAGAGAUAUUUCUAAUUCCCAGCCCACUUGACUCGCUUGGGUAUGGCCGACCCACCCUCAGACGGGCCUACACACCAACUAUGCGGGUUUAUCCUUCAUCCAGAUCUACAUGGGAAAUUGCUACCUGUGCCUGCCCGGCAUUUUUGCGCUCGUUGGUAUUAAGUGGGCUUGUCGCCCUAAACCGCCGCCGUCUGGCUGUCAACUUGUCUUUCUUUCGAUUUUUUCGUUCCUUUUUUUUGGGCCGGUAUUCCUUUUCUUAAAUGGCCCGGGGUCGUCCUUCCCUCCGUUAACCUGGAAACGUUUUUUCUGAGUAGUUUUCCAACUUAAACCACUUUCCUUCACGCCUGUCUGCUAGGUGACACAAAAAGCAGGGUCAUCAUGGGGUCCGAACUCGGCAUCACCCCCGACUCCAAGCCCCAGGCCGUUUACAGCCCCGUCAGUAUCUGGUGGGCUGUAUGGGCUGGCGUCUGGACUAUCGCCGUCUCGUUAGGGAUGGCCUAUCUCAUUGUGAACCGCCACUCGCCCGUCCUCCGAAUCCGAGGCAUCGCUCUGUCAUUAUCCGCUAUCGUCUUGCUGCAUCUUUAUUUUGCGUCCGUCCAGUUUGGCGUCAUGGUCGGGCCUUUGAUGCCCGGGGAUGUCCAGUUCUGGAUCAUGGGCACUUACCUUCCUUGCGGGAUUGCACUUUUUCACGCGUCGAACACCCGCUUCUUGCAUGUGGCUAAGCUUCAGAAGAAGUAUGCCAGUCAUGAUAGUCGCGCGAGUGUUGAUUCUCCUCCGCAGUUGGAGAAGGGGAAAGGAAAACAAGGAUUGUUGGGGAAAUUUUUCAGUCUGGACUAUACAAUCCGGAUUAUGAUUGUUGUUGGUAUCAUGAUGCUCACGCAGAUAUUCCUUCUCAUCCUCAUGUGGCUCAUUUCUCGCAAAUUCCAUUCCUCUUGGGGCAUUCCCGGCACUGAGGUUACCGGCACCCCGAUGGAGCAGACAACGGAGCAGGGUCGCGGCUGGGAGUGGUGGCCGAGUGUGCUUUGGCAGUUCAUUUGGGCUUGGAUUGUCGCCCCGUACAUUCUGUGGAAGUCUCGCAACAUCCACGACACUCAGGGCUGGCGUGUCCAGACAAUCGGAUGCUGCUUGGCGAGUCUCCACGCGACGCCCAUGUGGCUGAUCGCUCUCUACGUCGAUGGCAUGGCCCCGGUCAACGCGGUCUGGAUCCCUCCGCAAUGGAUCUGCCUGUCUAUCAUCUUCAUCGAAAUAUUCACCGUCUUCCUCCCCUGCUGGGAAGUCCUGCGCCACCAAUCCCUGCGCAAAGAAACCCUCGACGCCAUCGCCCAAUGGGAAGCCAAAACCAAAGGCUCCGGCUCCGAGGCCAAAUCAAUCAGCUCCAUCUCCACCGUCGUCGACUCGAUGAUGUCCGGCUGGAAGUCCGCCCACGGCUCCGUCUCCACGACCACCAGUAACCGCGACAGCAUCCUAACCAUGGGCGCGCUCGAGUACGUCCUCCAGCGCAACCCCGCCCCGCUGCAACAAUUCUCUGCCCUGCACGACUUCUCCGGCGAGAACAUCGCCUUCCUCACCAGCGUCGCCGAAUGGAAAGGCUCCCUCCCGCGCCCCUCCCCCCCGGCCUCCACCAAAAACGCCACCAUCGACUUCCUCUCCCCCGUCGACUCCUCGGCCCACGAUAAGGACCGUGAACUCGUCCGCGAACGAUUCAACCGCGCCCUGCACAUCUAUGCGAAAUUCAUCAGCGUCGCCCACGCCGAGUUCCCCGUCAACAUCUCCUCGCAGGACCUGCGCCAGCUCGACGCCAUCUUCGCCCGCCCCGCAGGCAUCAUGUACGGCGAGGAGCCGUCAAAGGUCGACCCUGCCACGCCGUUCGGCCCGCCCCCUGGCUUCGGGUCCUUCGAGCCCCCGCCGUCCCCGACGGCCACCGAGUCCUCGCAGAAAGCCUUCCGGUGCUCGGUCUCCAUCAUCGGCGACCGCGUCCAGUACUGGGGCGAGGUGCCGGAGGAGUUCGAUGGGAAUGUCUUUGACGCCGCGGAGAAGAGCAUCAAGUAUCUGGUUCUGACGAACACGUGGCCGAAGUUCAUUAAGAGUCGGCGCGCGUCGAGCGAGACAGUCAGGUCUGGGGAUGCGGAUGUGGAGUUGGGCGAGAUGAGAGCUGAUGCCGGGCCGGGCAGGGACACGCCCGGCUUGUAACUGCUGGGCUUCGGCCCUGGCAGUGAUGGUCUACACGCUCCUUCAUGUAUAGGUUUUCUUAAUUGUCUGGCUGAUCGGAUCCGACCGGAACGGUUUCUUAAUGUGCUUGGAUGGCUACCUGUUUUUAUUAUUGUAUAUACCCUAUGAUGUAUUAAGAUAAUGUCUUAUUUACUGUUCUCGAG